CAAUAACGAUAUGCUUAGCAACUUCGCUUCUAUUGCCAGGGCAAAUGUUAGGUUUGCUUUGAGGGCCAGUAGGCCAGCCCUCACCAGAGGAUACGCUUUGUUCGACCGUUCCAAACCCCAUGUCAACGUCGGUACCAUUGGCCACGUUGAUCACGGUAAGACCACUUUGACCGCCGCUAUCACCAAGGUUUUGGCACAAAGAGGUGGUGCCGAUUUCUUGGACUACGCCAACAUCGACAGAGCUCCCGAAGAAAGAGCCAGAGGAAUCACCAUUUCCACCGCCCACGUUGAGUAUUCUACCGAGAAAAGGCACUAUGCUCAUGUUGACUGUCCCGGUCACAGUGAUUAUAUCAAGAAUAUGAUUACUGGUGCUGCCCAGAUGGAUGGUGCUAUUAUUGUUGUUGCUGCUACCGACGGUCAAAUGCCUCAGACCAGAGAACAUUUGUUGUUGGCCAGACAAGUUGGUAUUCAAAAUUUGGUUGUUUUCGUUAACAAGGUGGACACCAUUGAUGACCCAGAGAUGUUGGAAUUGGUUGAGAUGGAAAUGAGAGAAUUAUUGACCCAAUUUGGUUUUGAUGGUGAUAACACCCCAGUGAUCAUGGGAUCUGCUUUGUGUGCUUUGGAAGGAAAACAACCUGAAAUUGGUGAAGAAGCCAUCAUGAAAUUAUUGGAUGCUGUUGACGAACAUAUUCCAACUCCAACCAGAGACUUGGAACAACCUUUCUUAUUGCCAGUUGAAGACGUGUUUUCUAUCUCCGGUAGAGGUACUGUUGUCACUGGUAGAGUUGAAAGAGGUUCUUUGAAGAAGGGUGAAGAAAUUGAAAUUGUCAGUUACUUGGACAAGCCUAUCAAGGCAACUGUUACUGGUAUCGAAAUGUUCAAAAAAGAAUUGGACGCUGCCAUGGCUGGUGACAAUGCUGGUAUCUUGUUGAGAGGUGUCAAGAGAGAUGAUGUUAACAGAGGUAUGAUUUUGGCCAAACCAGGUUCGGUCACUCCUCACACCAAGAUCUUGGCUUCCUUGUAUAUUUUGACUGCUGAAGAAGGUGGUCGUCACUCUCCAUUUGGUGAGAACUACAAACCUCAAUUGUUUAUCAGAACCAGUGAUGUGACUGGUACCUUGAGAUUCCCAAGCGGUGAAGGUGUUGACCACUCUCAACAAGUUAUGCCAGGUGACAACAUCGAAAUGGAAAUCGAAUUGGUUAAGAAGACUCCUAUUGAAGUUAACCAACGUUUCAACCUUAGAGAAGGUGGUAAGACCGUUGGUACCGGUUUGGUUACUAGAAUCAUUGAGUAAAUGUUGAAGCGUUUCCAACUGUAUUUAGUCUGUUGUAUAUAGUGUUUAUUGUUGAAUCGAAAUAUUCAAUUUCUUUAUUA